UUUGUUUUCUCUCUUGAAAAAAUAAAUCUCUAUGUUUUUAGACUUUCUCCAUGUGAAGCUGAACUUCAGGAAUUAGUGCAUCAAAUUGACGUCAUGGUAAGCAGAAAACAAGUGGAAUGGGAAAGAAAGAUGAGAGCUUUAGAAGCAAAGAUGGAUAUCCAGGAUCAAGAAUUAGCAAGUGCCCAAAGCAAACUGGAUCAAAAAGGUCAAGAGGUGGGACUACUUCAACAAAAAUUGGAUGACUUACAGAAAACUAAAUAUGAAAUGGCUCAGAGCUAUGAAACUCAGCUUCAAGCACUGAAAUCUCAAUUUUCAAAGUUGACACAUAGUUAUGAAAAGCUACAAUCACAUCAGUUUAAACAAAAAAAGGGUAACAGUAGAGAAAAAUGUGAGGAAAGCCUAGUGACAUCAUCUAACCCAAGAAAUUUAUACAAGAAACUGGAGGAAUUUAAAUCAAGAGAAGGGGAUAAGAAUGGGACAAUCUGCCAAAAUUAUCCUGUUUAUUUGGAUGCUCAACAAAAAUUAUUACCCGAAAAAUAUAAUUUGUUUCAGAAGCAAACCCAGAAUUAUCAAUUCCAAAUACACAAUAAGAAACAAAACGAAGAAGAGGUAAUUACCUAUGCCCAGCCUGAAAGUGAAAAGGAUGAUUUGAUUAUUGAAAAACUAAAGGCAACUGUGAAUGAAAUAGCAAGGAACAAGAAUAAACUCGAAGAGGAAAAUCUGAAGCUCCGUGAAGAUGUAAAAAUGUACCAAAACCAGUGCCAGAACAUGGAGGCAGACUUUUCAGAAAUGAGAUAUGAGCUGCAGUCACGGGAUGGUCUCUGGAGAAGGAUGCAGCUGGAAUGCCAGCAGUUGCAUACAGAAUUAUUGAAAAUCAAAGAGUACAAAGAUAUGCAGGAAAUUCAAAUAAAGCAUCAGUCAUCUCCUGUUCAACUUACUGAGCCACUAGAAAAUAAAAACACUGAGUUAUUGCUGUUUUCAGAAAGUCAAGAACGCCAACAAGAAGAGCUGAACAAGAUAAGAAACCACAUUUAUCGAGAGGAGCAGUCCCAUUGCUCUGAGCAGGAAAGAAUGAAGACAGAAAUCUCUGACCUGACAGAGGAGCUUCAUCAGAAGGAGAUCACUAUAGCAACUAUCAUGGAAAAAGCUACUCUUCUGGAAAGACAGUUAAAAAUGGAGUUAGAGACAAAAGACAAAUUGUUGGCAAAACAACAGUUACUGGAAUUCCAAUACCAAGUUAUCAAAUCUGAAAACACACAUCUAAAAGAGAUGGUGGAAAACCAGGACCAUGAAAGUUGCAUGAAUAUAGAUUUAUGUAACAAAGAACAUGGAAAUUUCACAGCUUCUGUUCACAAAAUGAAACAUGAGAAUUUAAGACUAGAAAAUAGUGUUGCUAAACUACAAAAUGACACAGAAAUAUCAAUGCUGGGUUGCACAGAUACAUAUGGAGAAACAGAGCACAGCUACCAAACCCAUUCAAAGAUGCAAAGAAAGGAAGAGAGAUCAUUCCAAAAUAAAGAUGCAUGGGAAAUGGAAUGUCAACAGACUGCUAUGCUUACUGCCAGUGGACACCACAGAAAUUGUAGUCCUGCUUUAUAUGUCCAAGGCCAUAUCACUGGGUCAAAAAGUGAUAGCAUUUUAUCUUCUCAUUCACUUCACAGAGGUCACGAAAAGAAAAUCGUUUAUAAAUCUCCAUCACCACCAGUGGGGUAUCCUUUGGGCUUUGGUGGGCCAUGUCCUAAAAUGAGCAGAACAGGCACUUUACUGAGCCCUGCUUACAGUGGAGAAGAAAUAAAAUUAUCAGAAGAAAUCAAUUUAUCAUCUCCCCAUGAGAUGUCCUUCCUCGCAACAACAGAAAAGUUCCUUCAAGAGGAAGAUAAACAUGCAAGAGAGUUUGAAGAACGUUUAAAUUCACACCUUGAAGAGCUGCAAAGACACUCUGAAAAUAUUCUAAAAAAACAUGCCAGGAUACAGCAAAGCAGACAUACUUAAGCCAGUCACACAAUUAAGAAAAGAAAACCAGGAAGAGUUAUAUAACUGAGCAGAGUUAAUUCAACUCCAUGUGCCGAAGAAGUGCAUAAUGUUGAGAUUCCUUUUAUUUGCAAUUCAUACUGAAUUCUAUUGCUGUGCAAGCGAAACAGAAAUUACAGACACUGUUGAUGAACCACCAAUUUUAGUGAAUGAGAUACUGAAGAACUGCUUUCUAGCAUAUACUGUUGCCAACUUCCUGGGAAAAUCUGGAUAAAAAUAAUACCAGGCUGUCAAACUGCUCCAGUUUGUGAGUAAAAGAAGUCUCAUUAAUAUUCAAGACCAUGGCUAAAAUGUAAAUUCUUUUUCGAUGCGAUAUUUCCAUUAAGACAAACUACACUACAUCGCACUUACACAAAAUACCAAGAUUUUAAAUACCAGUUUGGCUCAGCUUGCAGUAAAAUGAGUAAUGAAGAUGAGGACAUCAAAGAACCUUUUACAGGAAAAUUCAGGAAAAUUACCAAAUUCAGCUGGAGGAACAAGGACUGAAUAAAAAGAUGACGGAAGGACAUCUGAACAAACUAAAUAUGUAUGCAUCCUCAACUUCAGGGGAAAUGCAUCUGGGAGAUGUAAAAGAACUACUGAAGAAAUUCAGGAACCUCUGAAAAUGAAGCUAAAUUUUAAGCCAGGCAAAACCUGUAGAAGCGAAAAGACAGCAAAUUAUUGUCUUUCAGAAGGGAGAGAGAAAAAAAAUUAACCAGUCAGCCAUUUAAACAUACAAGACAACAGUAUGCUCCAUGUCUUCAAAGAAAUGUAUGUGUCUGAGUCCAGUCCAGGCACGAGGAUACUUCUCAAGGUAUAUCAGAAACCUCUCAAGGUCUGUGUAAUGAUACAGAGUGAGUGAAUGAAAUUAUCAAAAAAUGAAUAAGAUUUUUUUUCCCUAAAGCUUUUUAAGAUCUUUCCAAGCUACUAAUUUUGCCUAAUGAAAUAAGAGUUAAUUUCACCCGGUUUUUGUGCAACGCCAUAUAAUAAAGUCCCUGUAAAAAGCACUGAAAACUGCAAAGUACCUGUAUCUGAACAGCCUACUUGUUAGUGUUAUUGCCUGCUCAGAGUAUAUUAUGCCACAAAUGUGCUUAGACAGUAUGGAUCAAAGUGCCAUUUUCUGAACACCUACCAGAAAGGUCACCCUUCUCUUUCCCAGCCAAACAGCCUAAGUUGCUCAUCUGACAAUCUCCAAUUUAAAUGAGCCCUUUGCUGCCACAGUAUGAUUGGAGCCACAACACUGGUUUGAAUACCUUAAUUGUAUUAAAAGGUAGAAACUUGACUGAGCUGGUGAGAGGUUUCUGAAGGAAGAGACAUGUUCCUGAUAUUAUCAUGGCAAAAAAACUUUUCAAAGAAUGAUGUACAGUGAAAAUAAUAAAGACUGAGAAAUGAUAUACCUUAUAAACAGGUGUUGGGCAUGUAUGUAUAUUGACAUA